CUUUUCGCAUGGGAGUCGCAGUUGGAUCGUGGUUCGGAUUUGGGAAGAUCGUUAUUCAAUUUCACGUACCCUCCCCAAUCCGUGCUUCUUCUAUUCUCUACAAAAGUCAUAAUUACUCAUAAGAAGUAUUGGCUGUUUAUUAUAUAGUAUUUGGAAUUUCCUUCUUCUCGGCUUGCUCGAGAUCUGUGUCAGAAUCGAGCUUCAAAUUAGGGUUUCAGCUCCUUUCAAAGAAUCUGGCGCAUUAUCAAAAUAUAUCCACAUUGAUUGUUUCAUUGUCAGACUUCUACAAACUAUUCUGUGUUAUUACGGUUCUGUUCUACCAUGGAGGCAUCGCAGUCUGAUUCUUCUCCUUUACGUCCCAUUCCAAAUGACAACCAACAUCCUUCAUCUGGACAAGACACAUAUGUACAACAAUCACCAUCGCUUCUGUCUUCCUCUGGAAUAACCUCCUGGGCCAAAAACUUGAAGCUACCACAGGCAGCAGGCCAAGAGGACUCUCAAACAGGAAAUUCAGGAAAGUCAACAUUUGCUCGUUUUACUAGUGGAUUGGGACUGCGUUUUUCUCCUAAAUCACCUCCAAAAGAUGAUAAUUUCGAUGGCUCUUCAACCUCUACUCAACAGGGCGCUUUAGGCUCUUUUACGAAAGGUUUUGUUGACACAUCAAAAAAUGCAGUCAAAGCGGUACAGGUGAAGGCCCGUCACAUUGUCUCUCAAAACAAAAGGAGAUAUCAGGAAGGUGGAUUUGAUUUGGAUUUGACUUAUAUCACAGAAAAUAUAAUUGCUAUGGGUUUCCCUGCGGGUGAUAUGAGUUCAGGGUUUUUUGGCUAUGUUGAGGGAUUUUACCGUAACCAUAUGGAGGAAGUGAUAAGAUUUUUUGAAACUCAUCACAAGGGGAAGUACAAAGUAUACAAUCUUUGUUCAGAGAGGCUCUAUGACGCAUCACUACUUGAGGGCAAGGUUGCUUGUUUCCCAUUUGAUGAUCAUAAUUGCCCUCCACUUGAACUUGUGACAUUAUUUUGUCAAAGUGCCUAUAACUGGUUGAAGGAAGACAUUGAAAACGUUGUUGUUGUGCACUGCAAAGCUGGUAUGGCAAGGACAGGCUUGAUGAUAUCUAGCCUUCUUUUAUAUCUGAAGUUCUUCCCAACUGCUGAGGAGUCAAUCGAGUAUUACAACCAGAAAAGAUGCAUAGAUGGGAAGGGUCUUGUUCUCCCAAGUCAGAUUAGAUAUGUCAAAUAUUUUGAGCGCAUAUUAACAUAUUUCAAUGGAGAAAAUCAACCAGGUCGUAGAUGUAUGCUAAGGGGGUUUCGGUUACAUAGAUGCCCUUAUUGGAUAAGACCUUCAAUUACUGUCUCGAAUCACAAUGGUAUUCUCUUUUCUACAAAAAAGCAUCCCAGGACUAAAGACUUAUUGCCUGAGGAUUUUUGGUUUAGUGCACCAAAGAAAGGAAUUAUGGUCUUUGCAUUGCCUGGUGAAUCUGGACUUACGGAAGUGGCUGGGGAUUUCAAAAUUAAUUUCCAUGAUCGGCAAGGAGAUUUCUAUUGGUACGAUAUUGCUAUGUUAGCUAAUUAUUUCAUUUUAUUUCAAAAAAGAAAACUCCCUUCUCCUGGAUUCCAAGUGGAGAUUGUUCUUGCAGACCAUAACGGUUCCGUAUCCCCUCGUCCUUCUCGUCCAGCUCCCAACAAUGAAACUGAUCAGGCCCCAACGGCAAUAAUCGCCCCCGCCGAAGAAAGCAAAAUCUCACAUACUACGAAAACAAACAUCGAAACUCGAAACAAGGAUGAUGUCUUCUCCGAUAGUGAAGGCGAUGACGGCGGUUCCACGAAAGGCAAACGGUCUCCCGCCUCCAACAACUCCGCAACCGUGCAUGUCGUUGCCACCGAAGGCUCUGAAACCGAACCACCUCCAAAAAGUGGAUUACCAAACAUAAGCCAUCGAAUCGAUCAAAUCUCCCUCAAAGACAAGGAUGCUACAAUCCCUGCUCCUCAAGCGGUUCAAGAGCAAAGAACUGAGGAGACCAAGUCCUCGGCAUUUCAAGCAUCUGAAUUGGAAUCUACGAGCACAAGCGAGUUCAAGGCCAUCGCUGCAGAUGCCUCCGUCUUCUCUUUCGGCGACGAAGACUAUGAAAGCGAGUAGCCUGUUGUUCGAAGUUGUAAAUAAUAGAUUUGUUUGGUUGAGAGCAUAUGCAUGUUUAUGAAAAUUUGUUCUUGCAUUCUUACACGUGGAUGGAGUUUGUAUCUUAUUCAUGAUCUUCUCAUUUGGAUGGCCCUUUUGUUGAAUUUUCAAAUCAUUUUGUUUGGUUGCAAAAAUCAACCCAAAGUGUCAUGGUGGACAAUAUUUUACUAUCAAUACCAGUUGAUGUAUCUGCUUGAACAA